CCGGCACACCGAGUCCGGCUUCGAGGCUGUCACCCGGGUCUUGUCUGUCUGUACAAUCCAGUUCCGAGGUGGAGCUUCUGAGCAUCCUUGAUUCCUAGAGGAAGCGCUGCCGAAGGAUGGAAUCAACAGCUUAACCUUGGCAGGUGUCUGGGUGGCUCUGGUUCAUCUGCUAUGGUCACGGAGCCUGAGGUCUAAGGAAUACAGGGACUUUUGUGAUGACAAUAUGACUAAUAGUAAAGGAAGAUCUAUUAGCAGUAAAACAAGUGGUGGUUUCAGUAGUGGAGAAGGUUUUGUCGAUUGGACUUUAAAUUUAAAUACAAUUCAGUCUGACAAGUUUUUAAACUUACUGUUGAGCAUGGUUCCAGUAAUUUACCAGAAAAGCCAGGAAGACAGGCACAAAAAGACCAACGGCCUUUGGCAAGAUGGGUUGUCAGGGGCAGGCCAGGCGUUCAGUAGCAGGUCCGAGCAGCACGUGGAGUACCACGGUUUCUCCGAGCAGCCUUUCCACGGGAGCAGCGGGCACGCACCCUCAAACUGCAGUCCCAAGUACGACGACUACGCCAACUACAAUUACUGUGACGGCAGGGAGGCCUCGGAAACGACUGCCAUGCUGCAGGGCGAAGACGUGUCCAGUGAGGGCGACGAGGACGUCAUUGUGGAAACAAGCCAAAAGUUGCCCAAGGAAUCCAGCGGCAUCAUGGCCCUGCAGAUCCUGGUGCCAUUUCUGCUGGCUGGAUUUGGCACGGUUUCAGCCGGCAUGGUUUUGGAUAUAGUCCAGCACUGGGAGGUGUUCAAAAACGUAACAGAAGUUUUCAUUUUAGUUCCUGCCCUUCUCGGUCUCAAAGGGAACUUGGAAAUGACACUGGCAUCCAGAUUGUCCACCGCAGUAAAUAUUGGGAAGAUGGAUUCACCCAUUGAAAAGUGGAACCUAAUAAUUGGCAACUUGGCUUUAAAGCAGGUUCAGGCAACAGUCGUGGGUUUUUUAGCAGCGGUGGCAGCGAUCAUCUUGGGCUGGAUUCCAGAGGGAAAGUAUUACCUGGAUCAUUCCAUCCUCCUGUGCUCCAGCAGCGUGGCCACCGCCUUCAUCGCAUCUCUUCUGCAGGGAAUAAUAAUGGUUGGAGUUAUCGUUGGUUCAAAGAAGACUGGUAUAAAUCCUGAUAAUGUCGCUACACCCAUUGCUGCCAGUUUUGGGGACCUUAUAACUCUGGCCAUAUUAGCUUGGAUAAGCCAGGGUUUGUACUCCUGCCUUGAGACCUAUUACUACGUUUCUCCACUAGUUGGUGCCUUUUUCUUGGCCCUAACUCCUAUCUGGAUUAUAAUAGCUGCCAAACAUCCAGCUACGAGGACAGUUCUACACUCAGGCUGGGAGCCCGUCAUCACGGCGAUGGUGAUAAGUAGCAUUGGGGGCCUUAUUCUGGACACAACUGUAUCUGACCCAAACUUGGUUGGGAUUGUUGUUUACACUCCAGUUAUUAAUGGUAUUGGUGGCAACUUGGUGGCCAUCCAGGCCAGCAGGAUCUCCACCUACCUCCACUUACACAGCAUUCCAGGAGAACUGCCAGAUGAACCCAAAGGUUGCUACUACCCAUUUAGGACUUUUUUUGGUCCAGGAGUAAAUAACAAGUCUGCCCAGGUGCUCCUGCUUCUGGUGAUCCCCGGGCAUCUGAUCUUCCUCUACACCAUCCACCUGAUGAAGAGCGGCCACACCUCGCUGACCGUGAUCUUCGUAGUUGUGUACCUGCUUGCUGCUGUGUUACAGGUGUUCACCUUGCUGUGGAUCGCCGACUGGAUGGUGCACCGCUUCUGGAGGAAGGGAAAGGACCCGGACAGCUUCUCCAUCCCCUACCUGACGGCGCUGGGCGACCUGCUGGGCACAGCUCUGUUAGCCCUGAGUUUCCAUUUCCUGUGGCUCAUUGGGGACCGAGAUGGCGAUGUCGGAGACUAAUAAAUCCUACCUGCUGCUCUCAAGUCACCCAGGAGGAGCACCCAAGAUGACCACUUCUGGCUCUUUUCCAAAACUCUUACGCCACUAGUUUGACUUCUGCCAGGGUAAUCUUCAGUUGGCCCUGAUUCAAUUAAAUGGCCUUAACUUUUUUUUAAGGAAUUUGUCCUGAAACCAGAAUGAACAGUAUUUGUGCUGCUUUUUGUAGAAUAAAUAAUUUGACAUAGA